GAAAUGAUCCAGCAUAGUCGGCAGAUCAAUGCGACUCUUAGGAUUGUGGUGGUGGCUGGUGUGGUUCAGAAACAGGCUAUGGCCGCUCGCAGCCCAUUUUGCAUGCUUGCACGCAAGUCGAAUGUUGGGCUUGUUGCCCUUCGCCUUUCAGAGAACAAAUCCAUCGGCACUAGAACAACUGAUACAGGAAACGACUUUUUGGUACGAUGCACCUAG